AAAUAGGAAGAAGGGAGGGGGGCUGGGGCAGCUUGAGUCCCAGAGUCUCGAGGCUUGGUUGGGAGGUUUGGGCUCGGGCCAGGACCUGGAUGCUCACGGGAGGUCGUGUGGAGCAGAGGCAGCGCGGAGCGCUGGCCCUGAGAUCCUACUCCUUGACGAGGAUUCUUGACCUACCAGCGAUCAGCAAAGACAGACCAGAAUGUUCCCACUUUACGUACGGUUCAGGUGGCUCAGUACUCUACCACUCCCCAAAAGACGAGAACAAAGGAGAAAGGCAUGUACACUCUUCCUGUCAGUCUGAUCUGUGAAAUAUGUACAUGUUGAUCACUUUUGGAGCUGCCCCAUUCCCUGGAUUCCUGCGCUGUUCCCUGUUCCCUGCCCUUUCCCUGGAUUCUUAUAUUGAUGUCCCCCCAAAUCCUCAUGACCUGGAUGGAUAUUAAGGGACAGAAAGAGGCUGCUGCUGCUUGCUGCCUCCUGCCUGCUCUGCCGUGGAUUGUUUCUCUGCGAUGCCCUUCCACUAGCUGACUGCACAGUGAAACCUCUACAAACUAUUUCUUCUUGGAAAGUCUGAUUUUUGACCAGAUGGCAGUAACAUUUGAAGAUGUGACUAUUACUUUUACUUUGGAGGAGUGGAAAUUCCUGGUUCUUCCCAAAAAUAUCUCUACUGGGAGGUCAUGUAGGAAAACUACACAAAUGUCAUGUCAGUAGGAUACCUGAAUGAGAGCUGCAAACCACGAAAUACUCAAAUACUUAGAAUAUGAAAAUUUUCCUUGCUGGCAAGGAUGGAGGAAUGCUGGCAUUCAGAUAUAUGAGGCUCAGAACUAUAAGGAAACCAUGCAAGAGGGAGAUCCUUCCCAGUAUCAAGAGUUGUUAAUUUUUUCCACACAAGCACCAGGCUAUGGGAACUAUGAACUGACUGAAGACAAAAACUCCAGUAAUUUAAAAUACAAAAAGUGUAUACCUUGACAGUCCUUAAAAAGAAAAAGUAAUUAAGACUAUGUUAGAGAAGUCUGUAUGAGUGAUUCCCAUGAUUUUCAAGGGGACCAAUACCCUUGGCCUCUUAGUAUAUGCAAGAAAAAUCUCCUCCUGGGAAAAAACAAGCUUGUUGUUCAGCACUCUUAUGUCCCAGUGGAGAAAACACUUCCAGAGUACAUUGGGGAACUAUGGCAAAAUAACCUACUGAAAGACUGUAUGCAAGAGAAAUAUUGUGGGUGUAGAAAAUGUAACUCACAAUAUUUUUGUAACUCACAAUAUGUUCUUCACAAGAAAAAUCAUCUUGGGGAAAAGCUGUAUCAAUAUUCCAUCAGCACAUCAUGCGUCUCGGAGAGAUCAGAUUUAUACAAACAUCCAAGAAUCCACACAGGGAGGAAACUGUAUGGAUGUGAAGAAGUUGGCAGUAACUUUAGUCAGAGCUCAGGAGUUCACUUUCAUUAGAAAGUCUAUGCAGAGGAAACACUUUAUAUCUGUAAUGCAUGUAGUAAGAGCUUUAGUUAAAUCUCUUGUCUUGACAAUCAUCAAAGAUUCCACACUGAAAUGAAACCCAAGGACCUCAGUAGAAAAUCAUGACUUCACAUAGGAGAGAAGCCUUUUAAGUGCAAUCAGUGCAGUAAGUGUUUUAGUUGUAGUUCAGUACCUCAUAUUCAUCGGAGAAUCCACACAGGAGAAAAACCAUAGAAGUGUGAUGAGUGUGGUAAGGGCUUCAGUCAGAGCUCAAAUCUUCAAAUUCAUCAAUUAUUACAUGGAGGUGAGAAGUCCUACAAAUGUGAUGACUGUGGUAAGAGCUUUACCCAGCACUCAAAUCUUCAAAUUCAUCAGAGAAUGCACACCAGAGAGAAGCCUUAUAAAUGUCAUGACUGUAGAAAGGACUUUGGUCACAGCUCAGACCUUUGAAUUCACCAGAGGGUCCACAGAGAGAAGAAACCCUACACUUGUGAAGGUGGGAAGGGCUUUAGCAAGAGUUCAAAGCUUCACACUCAUCAGAGAGUACACACUGGUGAGAAACCCUAUAAAUGCGAGGAGUGUGGAAAAGGAUUCAGUCAGCAUUUGCAUCUUCUCAUUCAUCAGAGAGUGCAUACUGGAAAAAAACACUAUAAAUGUGAUGAUUGUGGAAAAAGCUUUAGUCACAGCUCUAAUCUUCACAUCUAUCCAGGGGUCCUUACAGGAGAGAAGCCUUAUCAGAGUGUAAAGUGUGGUAAGGGUUUCAGUUAUAGCUCAGCUGUUCAAAUUCAUCAGAGAAUCCAUAAGGGAGAACCGACUUACAAAUACCAUGAAUAUUAUAAGGCAUUUGACCAGAAUUCACAUCUCCACAUCAUGGAGAGACUUUAUGAACCUUGUUCAUUUAGUUAAUAGCUUUAAACAGAUCUUAACCUUUAAACUCAGUAAGUGCUGCUGGAAAAGAAAGUCUAUAAAAAACACAAGUAAUGCCAAGCAACAAUUAAAGUUUCUCCUGACUCCCACGAAGAAUAAUUUUCUUGAAAAGGAGAUCAUUAGGAGGAUUAUUAUAUAUUUAAAAUUAAAAUAUAUUUUAUGUACUAUAUGUAUUACACAUAA